AUGUGUGCGCAAGGAGAUCUCGUGCAAAUGUACACCCGACAGCGUCGCAAAAGAGGGAGGAUACCAAAACCGAAAUCAUUGGCCCGCGAUUCUUGGUCGGAAACAACAAUCGAAUCUCCAGGGUCUGAUGAAAUAACGAAAGGAUUGCAAUCUACUGUCUCUGCACGGAUGCGGAACAGACAGCCUGUGGAUUGCUCUCCUGAAUGGCCACCUUCGACAGACGAUGUGAUGCUGGUGGAGCGUGAAACUUGCGAGAAACAACACUUGCCUAUGACGACCAGCAGGCAAUCGCGAAUGCAGAGAUUCAGAUCAAAUGCAAGGAGAACAAAGGACCUGCCUCAGUGCCCUGGGGUGAAUUCGGAUACGACCAAUUUAAUCAAUGAUACACCUCUCCCGGAAAUCGAGACCAUCCUAGACAGCAAUCGAUACGAUGUACUCACGCCGUCGUCUACUUUGACGCCAGUCGCCAGUGGAAAGGCAGCGCAAGGCGCAACUUCAACACUGAAAUAUCCUGUUCUCCAACCAAUAAUACGAUUUCUCGAAGAAACCGUAUCUCAGUCGCUAGCCUUUGACUUGAUAGAUAUAUACUUUACAAGUGCAUUCUCGACACACAUGCACCCGGCGUGCCACCAUAUACAUUGCUUCGUGCUACGGAAAGCUUCAUUCAUAACUCAGAAAUGGUUUCGCCCCACAAGCCCAGCGCUGUUGGCUAGUAUGCUCUGGGUAGCUGCAUUGGAUGACCGAGUACUGGCGUUGAUAUCUCGGCGUCAAAGGAAAAAUGUGUGCGAGUUUCUCAGUUCUCUCACUGUCCAGUUGUUGAAGCCGUUAACCCACACAACUCAUAAGCGACUAAAUAGCACUAAUCAACUCUCUCAACACUCCUUUGCAAUUUGUGGCGGUGAUUGGGACCCCGAGCGUCCUGUAGGGUCCUUGGAUGACGUUAUAACCUAUAUACACAUCGCGUCUAUUGUUUCCGCAAGUGAACAGAAAGCAACCAGCAUGAGAUGGUGGUAUGCCGCAUUCACGCUGGCGCGUGAACUCAAGCUGAAUCGUGAGGUAGAGGCAAUACCAACCCCCGAGAGUAGACGAGACUAUGAUCCAUCCUCAGGCUGCACUUUCGACUACUCGGGUUCCCCGCGGCAAAUCCUGGACUGCGUCUGUGUCAUAGAGAGCCAAGGCCCGAGUAUCAUGAUCACCGAAGAACAGCGCGAGGAACGGCGGAGGGUAUGGUGGCUAUUAUAUAUCAUGGAUCGCCAUCUCGCUUUAUGCUAUCAUCGGCCACUAGUGCUCCUUGAUGCGGAGAGCAAAGAUCUCCUCCUUCCUACGGACGAGGAAGCAUGGCAGGCUGGAAACAUACACAGUAAUAGCCCUAAAAUUGACGGCCCGCAUUGCCUAGGUUUGGGAAACGCAUCUAAGCGUCGUGUCUUCCUAGACUUUACCUGUCACGACCAUUCGAUUUUUGGGUUCUUCCUCCCACUCAUGGCGAUUAUGGGCCAAUUAAUUGAUUUGAACCGAGCCCAAAACCACCCUACGCUUGGGGCGACGCCCUUGAAGCAAAUGAUAUGGGAGGCUCAUGCCUAUGAAAUCCACCGUCAGAUCGAUGACUAUAUGGCUAGCCUUGAUGCGUUCGCUUGCAAGGACUUUGGCCCUCAGGACCUAGGAACGCCGUCUUCACCAAAGCACGGUCAACUUGCGAUAAACCCUGCUUCUUCCCAAGCCCAUCUAUGGCUCACGCAAACAGUCGUUUCCUAUGCCUCAUAUUUCGUACACGUUCUGCACAUCCUUUUAAAUGGCAAGUGGGAUUUGAUAUCGCUAAUUGAGGACAAAGACUUCUGGACGUCCUCCCCAAACUUUGCCUCCACGAUCUCCCACACCCUAAAUGCCGCGGAAUCAGUGAACCAAAUCCUCCGGUUCGACCCGGAUGUUAGUUUCUUGACAGAUUUUUUUGGCGUUCAAUUGCUCCAGGGAAGUUUUCCUCUCCUCCUUCUUGUUGAAAGACUGCAGCAGGACGCCGGGGAAUCCACCUUAAACGCCUGCGAGGUGAUACUGCGGGCUACGGAGUCCUGCAUUGUGACUCUCGGCACUGAAUACCAGAGAAACUUCCGUCAAGUCAUGCGGAGUGCGGUGGCCCAGGCCCGGGGGCGUCCCGUCAAUUCCCACGAGAUUCGGCGUCGACACCAGGCGAUUCUAGGUCUUUAUCGGUGGACCGGAACUGGCACGGGACUGGCUCUAUAG